AUGCUCAUCUACGACCUACUUCAGCUUAAUCAAGAAUUAAUUGACAUACGUCAUGUUAUAAGAGAUUUUAUCCUUCAAAAUCCCCAAUAUUUUAGUCAAACAUCAACAUCACUAGCUCAAGCUUUAUCAGAAAAUGUAGUCGAUGCAGCAGCUAGUCAUAAACCACGUUUAAAAACCAAUCAUCCGAUUUUGAUCGUGGGCGAUUGCAAUGCUGAUUGUUCAUAUAUUUCACUUACUCGUCAGCAAUCACUACACAACGGUUUGUUUAUAUUAAAAGAAAAACUAUCUCAUGUUAUUCAUGUAAAAAUAUUUCAUUUUAGUUCUAUUAAUUAUGCUGAUUUUGUCUGGAUGAUUAAUAAUCAAGUGAAAACAAAUAAACGACAAACAUGUACUUAUGAUCGUAUACUUAUUAAUGAUGAUAAGUUUGUUGGAGCUAUUGUACCAGGAAGUAAUAUAACAGUUAACUUUCAACAAGAUUUUGACUUGAGACUAAAUGAAGCACUUGAUGUUAGCGAUCGUUUUCCAGUUAAAUUUGAUAUUCGUUGGUAA